GUAAAUCACACGUUAGAUUUAUAUAUAGACAUUAAUAAAAUUACUUCCUUUUUCUUCAAAUUAUGUCCCAAGAAAGAAAUCAAAACAAAGAAGGAAAUAAAAGAGAAGAAUGGCUUUGAUGCUUCUUCCAAAUUCGAAUCAAAAGUGGUUAACAACUUGUCAAACGUUUUUCCUGUUGGUACUGGUGGCUAUAGAUUUAUGCAGUGGUUCGGUUUCGUGGAGCCUGGCCACUAAACCAGCAGUGUUUGGUAACGAUAUAGAGUUACAUUGUAAUCUUGAUAAUGAUACGUCACUCAACGGUUCCAGGCAUUGGAGUAAAGGAGACAACGUUAAAGUGUUGGUAGUAGACGGCAAGACAAUCAACGAUACAAAAUAUUCUGAGGAACUAGACAAAGCUAAACGUACUUCCAUUUUAACUAUAACUUCAUUAGAUACUGGUGAUGUGAACGUUCCAUACACGUGCCAACAUGGCUUCCAAACGUACAAGAAAGUUUUGAAUAUGACUGUGGAGAACUUCGAAUAUCAUCCUGACAAAAGCAAUGCAUCUUUCAAUCAGGAAGACGAUCAUGUGUUGUUCUCAAUGAAAUUUGAAAGAGUGUUCCCAGUUCCUACUUGCAAAGCAUCAUAUGGGGAUCAAAACAUUACAAACUUGUUGAACAUAAGUUACGUUCUUCAGGAUGUAUUUUACAAAGUUGAAAUCAACCUGAAGUAUCAUCACAUCUCGAAAGAAUGUAUUCAUCAUCCUUUCGAGCUCGACUGCUGCGUCGGAACAAAGACGAUCAAACAACGUUUUGAGACGGCAAAUGAUGUUUGUCUGGAGAUGACCCCCGAAUUAAAAACUGAUGAAAAACCAAAUGAAUCCGAGAAGGAUCAGACCCUUGGAACUGUUGGACAAGUAGUAUUUGGGAUAGUGUUUUUAAUUUACUGUGUUAUAUUCCCUCUAACAUUUGCAUAUAUACAGUAUAAUAAUAAGUACUAACUGUUCGCUGAUAGUUGAGAAGAAAUCAGUGUAGAAAGUAAAAGGUUAUUUAUCUUGUAAAUUCUAUCUACUCUGUUUCAAAAAAA